UCUAUCUAUUCUGCAAAAUAAUAAUAAUAAUAAAACCGACCGACCCAGAGAGGAGGUAUCAUUUCAAACAUAGUCCCCUAGCCGUAAAGAUUCAGUUAGUGUAAAUUUGCAAUAUACGUUAGAAUUUUGUAAGCUUUCCUUCGAAGGUCGUGUAACCAUAUCCGUGCAUACUCAUUUUGAAUUACUUUUAAUUCCGAAUACAUUACUUUUUCCUACUGAUGAAUCAUCAAACCAAUUAACUUUCUGUGUUUGUUUUUGAGUGUGUAAAAAUAGCCAUCUUCUUUUUUGGCCAACCAAGGUCGGUUCCGGCACUCGUUUUGAAUGAUCUCAUGAUGAUCUUUUGCGGGACGGGAUUGAACCUAAAUAAAGUUUCCUUAUUGGUCUCAUGUCGGCAGUCAAUCCACCGUAGAUGACUACUACUACUGUACCGUAGUAUCAAUAAACAAGUAUGCAAGGAUGGCUUUGUGUAAAUCGCGUCGUCUUGGAAUAAGUAAUAAGUUAAAUAACCAUCUUUUUGUUCUUUCUUAAAACACACUAUAGAGAAUGUGGUGGAACAUUUUCAUGUGAUGGAAAUUUGUCAAAGUAAGGCUAAAGAACGAAUUUGUACGGAAUUUGGCAUUUAAUUGUGAAACGUAAGAAGCAAAACAAACAUGUUUAGUGGUACAGAAACAAAACGUAAAAAUAGUGUGCUAGGCAUAUGUUUCAUGUUUGUUUAUAAAGAGAGCAUACAGUUUGGAGAAAAGUAACAAAGAUAGUAUGUGUAACAAUAAUACCGUGCAUGCGCUAUGUGCUACACAAAAAAUCACUCAUUACAAAGAAGCCAUUGUUCAUGUAAGAUUACACAAAUCACAAAAUUUUACCUAUAUAUAUAUUUCCAUUUCGAUUUAUAAAAAAAAUAAAUGGAUAAAAGAUUAUCAGCUGAAAACAAAAUACCUGCUGCAGAACGUGGCCGCGGCUGCUAGCACCGCCACGACCGGUGAAACGGCCAUCCCACCCCGCUCGUGGCUGAUGUGGAAGUACCUGGAGAACAAGUACAAGAACCUCGGUCAGGAGAUCUACAAGUGCCGACAGUGUGGAAAGCUAUACCGAACCAAGUACACGUGGAAGCGGCACGAAAAGAAAGAGUGCGGCGUGAUGCCCCAGUACCACUGCAGUCAUUGCGACUUUUCAACCAAGUACAAACAUAACCUGAAAACGCACAACAAAAUCAAGCACGAGCUGCUGCAAACGAUGCACCACCAUCACCACCAUGGCUAUGCUGGCCACCGUCAUGGUCAGCUACAGACGGGCAUCGUGGGCGAACUCAGUGCGAUCGAAGCAGGCCACGAGGCCUUUCUCGUGGACGGCGAAACGAGCCAAGUCAGUGAUGUCAGCAGCAGUUGUCGAAACAACAACGAUUUGAGCAUCACAAAGAUCGGAGGUUUGACCUGGGAUCAGCUGGACGCUCGCCUCGCGAUGCCACUGCUUUCGUCCAGCAGCGCAAUGCCCCUGGUCACUACGUUUCGCGAAGGGGCGGUCCCGCUGAUCUUCCCGCGACCACUCUCCGUAAGUCCGGUGGACGUUAAGCCGGGUUCGGUUGGCAGCACUGGCAGCACGGGCAGUGGUUGCGGCAACUCCAGCAGCAGUAUUGGAAACAUGAUGUGCGGCUCGAUGGACGCGAACGGUUCUGGGAUGGGAUUCGCGUGUCCGGAUUGUGGUCGUGUAUACAAGCUCAAGUCGUCACUGCGCAAUCAUCAAAAGUGGGAGUGUGGCAAGGAACCCCAGUUCCAGUGCCCUUACUGUGUGUACCGUGCUAAACAGAAGAUGCACAUUGGCCGGCACAUGGAGCGAAUGCACAAAGAACGCUUUUUCAAAGUGGAAGGUGACGUCCCCCACACCCUGGACAUGUACGACACGCCGGACAAGCAGCAUCAGUUCCUACAAUGGCCCGACGCGCUGCUGGUGGACCAACAGGUGACGACGGGCAGGUUUGUCGGCGCCACCGCCGGCGAUUCGUUUCACCAGAUGCGAAUGCCUAACUUCAAAAGUCGCACGAAAACGAGCCACGUAACGGACAAUGAAAAGUACCAUUGUCUGGCGUGUAACCGCAAGUAUUUGCGCAAGAAGAGCCUGACCCGUCAUCUGCGCUAUGAGUGUGGCAAGCAACCGCUUUACCUGUGUCCUGUGCAACUUUGCUCCUAUAAAGCCUUCUACCACGAUAGUAGCUCACUGGGUGGCGGUUACACUAAGAUCAAGCUCGAAAGUUUUAAUCUCUGGUCGGACUCGGACUUUGUUGCCAUGACCGAUCAAUCCAUGAACUCUUCCGCCGGGGGCUCACCGCAACCGCAGCCCGCCACGUACGUGCCGGUAUGGCGCUGCAAGACGUCCAAGUCCACCUCGAGAAUCAGGGUCGCUACCAAGAAGACGUCGUCUUCUUUCAGCGCCGGUUUCGGCGCGUCGCCCAAGAAGGAGUCCGUGCGAGGGGCCAGCUCGAAUGCGUGCCUCAACAGUAGCACCUCGUCCGUGGGAUCGACCACCACCGACAACGGAACGGGCGUCCCGCGCAAAGAGGACAAAAUUGUAUUCCAGCAUGAGAACGAUACCAAACCCUGGAAGUGCAAGACGUGCGGCCGCAACUACAAGUGGAAAAAUAGUCUCAAAUGUCACAUCAAAAACGAGUGCGGCGUCCCGCCAAAGUACUUUUGCGAGCGAAUGUGCGGCUACAAGACCCACAUUCACAGCAAUCUGAAGCGCCAUCUCAACUCCAAGUUUUGCAAACCGAACUAAACGCGGUGGCGCGCCACUCAUACAUUCAAAUCUAUUUUGCUGAAUUUCUGCAGAGCGAUUGCGAUCACUCUCACACUCUCUGUCUUAGUGAGAGAGAAAGAGAGCGCGACGCAACAACCGGUUGAGAGCGCGAGAAGGGUACUCGCUCUGCGGCAAUUCAGAGAUUCAGAGAGCAACAUAAUUGCAAUUUCUACAGUACAGAACAAGAUAAAAGUGUUUCCUCGAUUUACUAUUUGUUUUUCACUCUAUGCUAAAGCUCGUCAGCAUUAGAAGAGUCAGUGUUUAAAGUAAAGCAAAAACAUAAGAAAAAAAUAGCACUUUUGAACACGUAGGUAUUUUCUUGUAAGAUAAACCCCAAAACGAAGCAAGACCGUGGAAUAAGUUUCUAGUGAAUUAUAAAUAUAUUUAAUUAAUAAUGAUUAGUUUAACCAAAUGUAUGUAUGCUACACUGACUUGUGUGUGUUUAACAGGUUAAACUGCGUUUAUACUAACGUUCUUUUGUUCAAAUCGUUGCCAUAUUAUUUUUAAUCCCAAUAGUUCCUUCCAACGCUCUGUGCAUGCGAAGACAUUUCUAAUUUAUUUAUUUCUCUUUAACAUAAUUUCUAUUUGUAACAACGUAAAUGAACGGUUGGCCAUAAGUGAGUAUCGUUCCAAUCGAAUACCGUGGUCGCGAAAGGCAUUUUGUAAGCGAUAUGUGCAAACAAGGUGACAGACAAAAAAGUACUUAAUAUUUAUACUAAUAUAUUUUUUUAGCAAUAAAGUAAUUGAUUUUUAAGUUCGAUCAGUGAAAAAUAAGUCUCACGUACUUACAAGAACAGUUCAACAAUGAAACAGAUUGCCAUACAUCACAUAGAGAGAGCACAAGAGUUCUUUUCUCAACUGUGUACACAUUUUUUUUCUAGUCGACGUACUUAAUUGUAUUUAAAAAAAUGGCAGUUUAACUCUUUCGAGUCAGUAAUAACCAGAUAGUCCGCAGAUUGGGCAAGCAUCGCAAGCAACUUUCAAUCUCUUUGCAAAAUUGCCUUGCCGUACUUUUCAACCAAUGCAAGUCCUCUGAGAGUGCAAGUCCGUGAGAGAAUCAUUAUCUUCUCUUUAGAAGAUACUUAAGAGAGGAAAAGUGCGAAAUUUGACCAAAGAGAGAAAGAGUGAGAGAAUUGUUUUUUCCGAUGACGGAGAAACACAUUAACCAGUGAAGUGAUGUCUGCUUAUCUGCGGCAGAACUAGGUUAAUUUAUUGUUUUUGUUUUAUUUUUAAUGCGUUUUUUAGUUAUUAUGUCAGUAUAAGCAGAAUGCAAUGUACCAUAGAAGUUAUGAAAAAAGUCAGAACAAAACACACUUAAACAUAAAAUACUAUCAUCACUUGAAAAGAUCGCCCUUGUAAUGAUAAAUGAUUAUACACAUACACACACAAACAACCAUACAAUAAAUGAAGAACAAGAUGAAGUUAUUCUUAGUAUUAUGUAUUUCUCAUAUAUAAUAUGUAGCAAAAGCAGUGAAGAAAAAUUGAAUCUUGAUGAAUAAAACGAACAAAA